AUGCAUGUUCUGUUGGAAGGCGUUGUCCCACAUGAGCUGUCUCAUGUACUCUUUAGAUUUAUAUUUGUGCAGUCUCUGUUCACACUAAAGUGGUUUAAUUCAGCAAUUAGAGGAUUUCCUUAUUCUUAUUUGCAUAGUAGUUCAAAACCAGAGCCAAUUGAGAAAAAACAUAUUGAUGGUUGCGGAACUAUCAAGCAAAGUGCAUCAGCAAUGCUAACACUUGUACACAUUCUUCCUGUCAUUAUUGGGCAUCGAAUACCUCUUGAUGAUGUUUAUUGGAAAAAUACGCUGCGCCUGGUACAAAUUGUACUAUUUUGUACAUCAUCGUAUUGUACAAGAGACACAGCAAUGUAUUUGAAAAAUCUUAUUGCUGAAUAUCUGUACAAUUUUAAAUCAUUGUAUCCCAAAGCAUCAUUCAUUCCCAAAAUGCAUUAUAUGGUGCACCUACCUACUCAAAUGUUAAUGUAUGGACCACUGAGACAUCAUUGGUGCAUGAGAUUUGAAGGCAAAAAUGGUUACUUUACAAAUAAGAGGUAUAAGAACUUCAGAAACAUUCCACUGACACUUGCAAGUCGCCAUCAAAUGUAUAUGGCAUACAUGCAGGCUGGUCAUGAAGGUGGACGAUCAUCUUCAUUUUUGUAUGCAGGUGACAAAGUAGGUUCUGGUGUUGAGAUUACAUUUGGGGAAGUGUAUCCAGAAUUACUCCAAGCAUUCUGUCAACUGACAAUGGUUUGUGUGGAAAAAGUUUACCAAACUUCAUUUGUCGCCAUUCAUGGCAAUGAAUACCGCAGAGGGUGUGCUCUGGUAAUUAAUUACGAUGAGGAUAUACCAGUGUUUGGUAUAUUGUUUGAUAUAAUUGUGCUUGAUCAUGUGAAAUAUUUCAUCCUUGAAGAAGUGGAAGCGGAAUUUAAUGGGCAUAUUUUAGUCUAUGCAAUCAAACCAUUAG